AUGAUUAAUGAAAAUGCUUUAUGAGAGUUUGGGUAUAUUGCUCACCCAAUGCAAUUAAAAAAUAAAUGAUCUCAAGUAAAAUACCCAGUAAACAAUAGAAGCUUUAAAAGUCCAAAAACAAAAUUUGAUAUUAGGGAUAUAGAAGACUUGCCAGAGACUCCAGAAAAUUUAAGAUGAGAUGAUAUUUUUCUUGCUUUUGAAAUUGCAAGAGAUAUUGGGAUUAGUUUAGUAAAGAAAAAUCUAGCGAUAGAGCAAGAUACGAGUAGUGGGUCAACCAUAGUUUUGCCUUAUUUUAAAUCGAGCUAUUUUUUAGGACUUUUAGAACUUCACCUGACUUUAGUAAGAGAAAAUGCCAGUUAUAGCAAUCAUUAUGAUUUUAUGUAUGAUCCGCAUUUAACUAUUCGUAAAUUAGUUUUUGAUAGAUAUACAGGGAAAUAUGAAAAAAUCGCAUCAAAAAGUAUCCACUAUACUCUACAAAAAGCUGAAUGGAGAGAUAAACUGUAUUUUAGAUUCAUUAGAAACCCUUGGGCACCAAGCAAGCAAGAUGAUAAUAUAGAAGAGUUCACAAGUGAGCAAGGAUUUUAUAAUUUUUCUAGUGCUGUUUUACAACCUUUUUUACGAGAGCUCGAUGAAAUUUCUAUAGAAGGCGGGACAUUAAUAAGGCAAAAUUUCUUAUUAAGAGCUCAUUAA